UACCGCCUGGCGUGCGGAUUUUGUAUAAAGGUUGAUUUUGGACAGGAGGCAUCGUAACAGAGUUCAGUCUUGUCAUGGAGAGCGUUCCAACUAUCGAAACUGUGCAACAAGCACUCCACGCCCUGUACCGAAAUCCCGAUGUUGUUGGAAAAGAGAAGGCAUCAGUUUGGUUGGGUGAACUGCAGCGAUCGGUUUUUGCUUGGCAGGUAGCCGAUCAAUUGCUCAGACUCAAUCAUGAUCUGGAGUCCUGUUAUUUUGCUGCUCAGACUAUGAGGACAAAGAUUCAGUAUGCUUUCCAUGAAUUGCCAGCUGCAUCACAUCAGUCUCUGCGUGACUCUUUGCUUGACCAUGCAUCAAAAGUUACAGUUGACACACCUCCCAGUAUUGUAACACAGCUAAGCCUUGCUUUAGCUGACCUGGCACUGCAAAUGGCAUCAUGGAAAGGAGCACCAACAGAUUUGAUUCAAAAAUUUGGAAACAGUAUUCAGAACCUGCCAUUUUUGUUGGAAGUGUUAACAGUAUUGCCUGAAGAGGUGAGACAAUUAAUAGUCGUUCCCCUUCGACUAGGUGCAAACAGACGAAAAGAUAUCACAGAAGAGUUCCAGUCUGCUUCACCUGCCGUUCUUCAUUUACUGGAGGCGUGUCUGGAGAGCUGUCAAUCAGACCCCAAGAUCCAGGUGAAGGUGUUCCGAUGUUUAGGAAGCUGGUUUGGGAUAGGAGCUGUUCCCCAGAACAACACCAAACUUCUCAUGGCACCUUUCCAUAUUUUGUCUCUAUGUCAGAUGUCCCACCAGUGUACUAGCAGCCUGCAUGAAGCUGCCACAGAUUGUAUCUGCAAUGCUCUGUAUUGUGCAGAGGAUAUCACAAAUAACCUUCCAUUGGCUGAGCUGUUGUUACAAGGGGUGCUGUCCUUGGUGGAAGGAUAUCAGAUGUCGGUUGCUGAAGAGGAUAUGGAUAAAUCUGUGAAUUACUGUAGGAUUUUCACCGAGAUGGCAGAGUCAGUGUUAGAAAGUUUAGUGUCCACCCCCACCCAGGGACUAGGGGACUUCAGAAUACUAGAACUGCUGUUAACAUGUGUGGGGCAUCAUCAGUACGAGGUAGCUGAGAUAACCUUCAACUUUUGGUACAGACUGUCAGAAGACCUGUAUCAGAAGAAUGAUGAGCACAUCACGUCCUUAUUCAAACCUUUUAUACAGAGAUUAGUCAUAGCACUCUGUAGACACUGCCAGAUUGAUCCAGACCAUGAAGGUGUACCAAACGAAAGUGAUGACUUUUAUGACUUCAGGAUAAAGUCCUCCGAGCUCAUCAAAGAUAUUGUGUUUAUUGUUGGUCCUCUUUCAUGUUUUACUCAUAUGUUUGAAAACCUUAAAGCACCUUCAACAACGUGGGAUAUGUCAGAAGCUUCUCUGUUUGUCAUGAGUGCUGUUGCCAAAAACAUACUGCCAGAGGAGAAUGAGAUUGUACCUCAGGUGAUCCAGGCUAUCCUCAGUCUUCCAGAGAACACCCACAUCGCUGUCAGACACACCAGUAUACAGCUGAUCGGCGAGCUCUGCGAGUGGAUAGAACAUCACAAACAAGUGCUAGAACCAGUGCUACAGUUCCUUCUGAGCGGUUUACAGAACCCACAGCUGGCCACCGUGGCAGCCACUUCGCUACAGAGCGUGUGUAGCAUGUGUCGUGAUCAGAUGACAGACCAUUUCACAGGGCUCAUACAGAUUGUACAAGCUGUAGACUCCUUCAGUGUCUCCAAUGAAGCUGCUUUGGGUCUUCUUAAAGGUACUGCCACCAUAUUGGGAAGGAUGCCCCAUGACAAAGUUACAGAGGGUCUCAAACAACUGUGUUCAUUUCAACUUACACCUCUACAAAAGCUGCUGGAAGAGGAGACAGGACCACCUACAAAAGAUAAAAACAAAGAUCCCACUGUGUGGCUAGAUAGAUUAGCCGCCAUAUUCAGACAUACUAAUCCCACCAUUAACAAUGGCCAAAUCCAUCCCUGUCAGCCUGUGAUACAAGAGGUUUGGCCAGUGUUGUCAGCAGCCUGUGAGAAGUAUCAGGCAGACGUCAGAGUGAUAGAGAGGUUUUGCCGCUGUGUACGAUUUGCUGUCCGCUGUGUGGGGAAAGGAUCGGCAUCGUUAUUAACUCCCUUAGUUUCACAGAUGGUAACACUGUACCAGUCCCACCAACACUCUUGUUUCCUGUACCUGGGCAGUAUACUUGUGGAUGAGUACGGUGGGGACCAGAGCUGUGUGCCAGGCUUACUGGAGAUGUUACAGGCUUUCUGUGUACCCACGUUUAAAAUCUUAGAAGAACCGAAUGGUCUAAGAAAUCACCCAGACACAGUUGAUGAUCUGUUCAGAUUAGCUUUACGGUUUACCCAGCGCUCCCCAGUCUCCUUCCUCCAGUGUCCGAUGGCUAAACCCAUCCUGUGUUGUGCAAUAGCUGCUGUCUCUCUGGACCAUAGGGAUGCUAAUGCUUCCAUCAUGAAGUAUUUGACUGACUUCAUCAAAAGUGCCAGGGAUAAUGAGGACAAAGCUGACUUCGAGUGCCGGCAAGGUCUGGUGUUGUCCAUGUUACAGGAGCACGGACAGGCACUCACCCAUGCCCUCCUGCACGCCUGCAUCUUCUCCCUGCCCUCCUUCAUGAUGGCUGACAUCGCCGAUGUCAUGUACGAACUCAUGCUCAUUGACAGACCUAUUUUCUGUAAGUGGUUAGAAUCGUCCCUGAAGAGUUUACCGACAGAGAGUAGCGGAGGCUCUGUGACAGCCACUCACAAGCAGCUCACAGAUUUCCACAAGUCUGUUACAAGUGCUGAAACCACCAAGCAAGUCUCCCAUGCGUUGAGGGAUUUCUCCGCCUGUACAGAUGAGAUUGACCUCUGUCCCUUUGUAGAUAGCCAAAUGUUUUAGCCGUGUGUGUUAGUGUGUUGUCGAUCGUGUGGGUGGCCGAGAAUUGCCAGAAAAUUGUGAAACUGCGAAAUACUCAAAGAAUGCCUGAAUAGCCCCACAGCCAACAGAAUGCCCAUGUUACAGCCACGUGAGGAUGUUCUCAAACAUGAAUGGAUUUCAUUCAGAAACUUUCAGUUGUGCAAUACUAGUCAGAAAACCUGCAUCUGGACUUAUACUCUAGUAUUGAAACAGCUUUCUGGAUGUAAAAGUAGAAUUGCGAGCAGUAGUGUCAUGUCAGUUGACGUGUGUGCUGGGACAGCUGUGUCACCCUAACCAUUGUUGCUGCUGGAGUUCAGUACAGCCUCAAGUACAUUGUGGUGAAGCUGUACCGCACAGUGCUCAGGGACUAAACAUUACUUGAAUACAGUAUAACAGCUGUAGUGAUGACAAAAAUGAAAUGUUUUCUCCACAAGUACAGUUGUUAUUCUGUUGUUUUGUUAAGGACACAUAAGUACUUAUGCCAAUUAACCAGUUGUAAAACUUGGCAUUUUCUUGGUUAUUUCACAUAUGUACCUCUUUUCAAACAAAAGCCUCGUGUCUAAUAUGCUAGGCAUCGGGACAUGAUAAGGUGCACGACUUCUGACAGCUGGCACUUGAGGCAAGUUUAAGUUCUGGCCUUGGGACAGGACAUUUCUCCAUUCCCUAUUCUCACUGUUCAUGGAGAUUUCAUGACAACAAGCUGUCGAUGAAUUCGUUUUCGUAGUGUUCAGUAAAAACCUCAAAUAUUGCAUGUAAGCUUGUACAUUGUGACUUGCCCCAGGGGUUUAUGGUUUACCCCAGGAAACUUGUCUAUUCCACCUAUAAAACUGAUGUCCAUUAUAAAUAAAUAAAUAAAUAAAUAAAUAUAAAUCUGCUACUUUAAAUCUUAGCUCAUCACUGAAACAAAUUCUUAGUACUUGUUAUGAAAUAAUAGUCAUAACAGUGUUGUGUUCUUCUUACUAUUUACUUGUAAAUACUUGUGUCAAGCUGAAGUUUGUCAUACUUAUUUUUCCAGCUGAAAAUUUUUCAGAUUCUUGAAAUUUAAAGGGUAAACCCAUCACUGAGAGGCAGUUAUUUGAAAUCCUUACAAAUGGUUUUGGAUACCUGGAUGUGGGUGAAUUCUUGGCUACUCCAUAUAUAGAAAGCUAGGCAUGCUGGAUGUAUUGUAUCAGAGGGGAGCUAUCAGUGGCAUAUUGAACACCACCCUGCCUGUUGUUGACAUUCUUAAUAUUCUCAUUGUGACUGUUGAUAUUGUGUAUGUAGACAUGAAAGAUGAUGAGUGCUGAUCCUGCGUGUAAAUAGUUUGUACAUAAAUGUAUGUCUUAUGUUGCUACAUUUCUUGAUUAUUUGCAGCCUUCUUCAGUGUGUGUGUACUGAAAUUAAAGUUAAAUAGACAGCUAUUAUUUUUGUCAGUUGUUUUGAAGUGGCAAUACUUGCCUUAAUGUUGUAGCAGUGGGAAAAUGAUCUUAAAAUACUUCCCAUAAUGUUGUAACAGUGGGAAAAUGAUCUUAAUAUUUUGUAUGACACACCCAUAUUUGUACUUGUAUGUGAGUGAGGUGAAUACUGGAACAUGGCAAGCUGAAGAGGUGUUUAUUUUAGCUCCUCAUGAUGUAUUGGGUGAUAUUUAGCCCUGAAACAGGACUGAGUAUUUUAUUAUUUAUAGCUCUCAGCUGUACAUAACAAAAUAAUAUAAAUGUACUCGGUCUUGUUUCAGGACUCGGUGAUAUUAUACAGUUUACCAUUCACCAUAUAAUGGAAUACCCAAUGUCUGAUUUUUGCCAUUAUUUGAAUGUCUAGUUUUAGUACUGUACUUACUGAGAUGUAGUGGGUGUAUUUUUGCAUAAGCCAAUCUCAUCAUAAACAAAACUGGGCUAAUUUUUUGUAUCUUUACAAUGCACCACGUCUUUCCUGAUGCAAAAUGUAUGGAAUACAGAUCCUGUAGCCUGUAAAUUGAGUACAUUUAUAUGGAGCCACAAGCUGUUGGCUUGAAUUUACUUCACACAGACAAGCAAGUUUUGCACUUUGUUCUAGAAUCAUUGAAUAUACUUAUAAGCUGUAGUGUUUGCAUGACUAAAAUUUGCUUUAUGGAGAGGACUUACGUGCUACUCUGUUCAUGUAUGUACACAAACACCGUGUUUUCCCCUGGAGAGUUGUAGUAUCAUGUAAAUAAAAACCUGUAUGCUGAUGGCUUGUUUGGAAUGUCGAAGGUCCUAAGGCUAGGUAUGGGUGCCGGCUGUUCCUGUGACGCUCACCUUUGUCUGCUAGAGGUCUUCGUGUGAGAAGAGCAUCACAAAGUUGAGGAUGAAUUACCUAUCAUUUGUCAUCAACUGCAGAAUCUGUGACCUGAAAUAUUCCUCAGUAACUGUCAUGAAUGCCCCUUCGGCCACCUGGAGUUCAUUAUGUCUAUUUUGGUGUUGAUUAAGCAUGUAACUUCUGGUAUUUUUUUAUCACCUUGCAAUCAGUUUGUAUUUAUCUUUUUUUAUGAGUUUUACUGUCAUCUCUGGGUACUUAAUUCAUUUUUGUCAAUUUGCAAUGUGUUAUUUACAUUUAUGUAAAUGUAUAUUUUGAAGUAAACUUCGGGUUCUACCUAACCAUGGCUUAAAUUGGGUUUGUUAGGCAAAGAAAAGUUUUAACUAGAAAUGGGAUGGGUUUUGCUCCAAACAGUUGGCUUGUGAUCAUGAGUGGUGCUUUAUCUGUUUAUCAUGACGUCCAGACGUCAGUAGAAUUUCAUCGACAAUCUAAUCAGAACUGUUUCUGCCUGGCUGAUACUUACUUCAAGAACUGCUACUGCUAUAUUGACUUGAACAACAUUGAAUGUUAGCAACAGAAUAGAUUUUUUAAGAACUGAAUGCUUUAUGCCAUGCAUACAACUUCAUUUUAAUAAAUAUCUA